GAAAGACGGAAGUUGUUGUUGGUUUAGCCAGCGUUUGUUUUGUUUGUUAUCAGAUGAUUUGUUAACAAUAACAAGUCAAACACGGUGACCAUGGAGCGAGGCCGUUAAUUCAGAGAGUAGUUAAUAGCUUCUGGAUGAUUUCUCAUGGUGGCAGUGAGCUUCAGUGUCACGCUACCACAUCAGCUCCUGACUCGUGUGAGCCAACAGUCUGAGAGUUCAAAGUCUUACUGUUUUCUUUGUUUGGUGAGCAAUGGAGGAGCUCUACACUUUAGAGAAGGAGGUGGGCAGAGGCAGCUACGGGGUGGUCUUUGAGGGCCAUAUGUCCAAAACGGGCCAGAGGGUGGCUAUCAAGCGACUGCCCUGCAGCAGCCCAGAGUGUAUUGAGCUGUACCUGCAGGAGCUGUGGGCCAUGAGAGCCACAGCCAAGGAGCACCCAAAUGUCAUCGCUCUCCACAGCUGCCUGCUGCAGACAGGGCCGCGGACCCUGCAGAACCUAAAGCCGGGGAAACUGCCUCUGGAUCUGGUUGAGAGCGCGCUGAAGGGGACUGUGGUUGGGGUGUCACACACUCAGGAAAGGACUAAUUCUCGAUUUCAACAGAGGACGAGCUCUGCCUCUAAACUGCAAGACAGGAUCAACACUGCUCAGGCCAGGCCAAGGCUCCAGGACAAGACUAACUCAAUUACAUCUGAUGCGAAAACCCCGCAAAGACCUCCAAGCCGGCCCAGGAAGAGACCAGCAAAACGGGAGGAAGAGCAGCGGGGUCCGUUGCGCUGCUUGGCCCUGUGGCUGGUGAUGGAGUACUGUGAUGGCGGUGACUUGAAUCAGUACCUGCUCUCCAGGCCCCCGGACUCCCAGCAUAACCACAGUGUAGUGCAGCAACUCAGCAGUGCUGUGGCUUUCCUGCACAGUCUGGGCAUCAUCCACCGAGACCUGAAACCUGACAACGUGCUCGUCUGCGACACACCCACAGGCCCUGUUGUCAAGGUUGCUGACUUUGGGCUGAGUAAGAUGAGUGAGGGCCUGGUGGAGGGCGACUUGACCAGGCAGCACUUCUCCUCCACCUGUGGCUCGGACUUCUAUAUGGCUCCAGAGGUGUGGGGCGGCCUGAGCUACACGGCCCAGGCUGACAUCUUCUCACUCGGUGUGAUGUUCUGGGCCAUCCUGGAGAGAAUCACCUUCCUGCAGGAGGGGACGACGCAGGAACAGCUGGGAGCCUAUGUCUGCAAGGGCCGCUGGUUGAUGCCCUUGGGGGAAGCCUUGUGGGAGAACGCCGACCUCCAGCUGUGUAUCCCCAUGAAGUUUAAGAGAGCGCCCCCGCUGCCGCCCCCUCCCGGACCGGCCGUGUGCAGCCUGCUCCUGGACAUGCUUGCUUCCAACCCGGAUGCCCGGCCUCCUGCGGACCAGCUGCAGGCCCGUGUCCGCUCCGCUCUGAAGGAGGACUCCCACUGACAGAAACACUAAUGGCCAUCAACACUGCUGCCAGUGCAUGGAAACAUUAACUGUGGACCCCCUGACUGCAGUGCAGCCUCCCUUACAGCAAGGACACGGGGGCUAAGUGACACUCAAAAUAUAUAGGACUUGGGAAUAUACAAGUUUUUUUUUUAUUGUAACCACAGCCCAAUUUCUAAGUGACCUACAUACACAACAAUCAGAUAAAGGAAAAACUAAUUGGAGGAAUUGAGUAGCUAAAGUUCCUCUUGUGGAAACCAGUCUGUUGACCUCUGACCCCCUGACUGCACUGUAGCCAAUACAUGCACUGAUAUUGAACCUGCUCUGUGUAGAAAUCUACUGAGGCUCACUCUUGUCUUAUUUAACGCAAGCACCAUGCUGGGAAUGAGGCUUUGAAUGAAAGGCUUAUUGGAGGCGGUUUGACGCAAGAAGAAAAUAUGUUUUUUAGUAUAUACAGCUAAAAUGUGCUCCGAGUUGCUGGGGAUUUGUGCUGCUGCUGCUGUAGGAUGAGUCUGCAGCCGGCGUUUAUAUCCCCGCUUUGUUUUUGGCAUUAAUUUUGUCAAGCUUAAUUUGUGGACAAUGAGCUUUGAACCGCUGCUGCCUGCAGUUUUGAAAUAUGUUGCUAGCAUUUAAUUCAUUGGUGCUAAUUAUGCUGAACAAAAUAUUUCCACCACAUAUUCAUGUAGCAUGGGAUGAACAGUCCACUGGAAUAUUGUGUACUAAAUAUUAUAGAGUGCUGAUCAUUUUGUACAUUUAUUUAAAUUCAGAAAUUUUCUUUUAUUGCAGAGAAUAUUCUCAGAAAGAGUCAUUUUAAGUCCUGUGAGACUUAUACAUGAAUUCAAAGAUGGUUAAUGCUUUCUUUAAUAUGAAAUGUUAUUUCCUCAUUAUUUGGCCUCUUUGCAUUCUGUCAAAAUAAAAAAAAUAAUCAUU